CGGCGUGGAAGACUCAGCUCCUUCUGAAAUGAGACACAGAAAGUGGGUCAACCCAGGAAGUCUCCCCCCCACUACACAGCAACGUCAGCCAUGUCGAGACCUGCUCACGCCACAUGCCUCGCCCACACCAAAGGCGUCCUGCCACACUGUGAGCAACUUAAGCCUUACUCUCACCUGAGUACUGCUCACCUGGCUCCCAAGCCUGGCCCUGCCAGCGGGGUGGGGGAGGAGACUAAAAUAUAGAUGGGCCAGCAGGAUGGCUCAGUGGGUAAGGGUGCCUGCCCGCCUGACCAUCUGAGUUCAAUCCCUGGGACCCACACAGAGGAAGGAGUGAACCGACUUUCGUUAGUUGCCCUCAGAUCUUCACAAGUGUGCGUGCACACACACAAAAGAUAAGUGAGGGCAGGAAAGAUGGCUCAGCGGUUAAGAACAUUGGCUGUUCUUCCAGAGGACCUGAGUUCAAUUCCCAGCACCCACAUGGCAGCUCACAACUGUCUAUAACUCCAGGUCCAGGAGAUCUGCUGUCACCACACAGACAUGUGUGCAGGCAAAACACCAAUACAUAGAAAAUAAAGAUAAAUAGUUUAAAAAAAAAAAAAAGAUAGCGGAAGCCAGGCGGUGGUGGUGCACGCUUUUAAUCCCAGCACUUGGGAGGCAGAGGCAGGUGUAUCUGAGGCCAGCCUGGUCUACAGAGUGGGUUCCAGGACAGUCAAGCUCACACAGAGAAACCCUGUUUCCGAAAAACAAACACAAAUUGGCUGCCUGUAGUACACAGAAGGCAAGAGAGAACCCUGGCCUUGGGAUCCACUGGAGCACAUGCACAUGGAAAAUCUGCACAUUUGUGACAACUUGCAAGAAUGGGUUUUUCUUUUCCAGUGUGGAUCCCAGAGAAGGAGCCAGGCUGCCAAAUGCCGCAGCAGGCGGCUUGACUGGCUGAGCCAAGUAGCCGACCCUGGCUUUGUUUUCAAAGUACUCUAUGUAGCCCAGGGUGGCUUCGAAUUCAUGGUGAUUCUCCUGCCUCAGCUUCUCAACUGCUGAAAGGACAGGCUUGCACUACCAACUGCACCAGGGAGGUUUCCCCUGACUUCCGUGCAGGCCUUGCGAUGCUUUACAGAUGCCGUGCUGUGGUUUCCCCAGAUGGGAUGAGGGUUUAGCGUCAGGAAGGCUGCACCAGCAACCAGGGGACAUUACUGUUGGCUGCUCUGACUCCUGUCACUGUUUAAUCCAGCCCCUCCCAAGCAGAAACUGCUCAUGUCCUGUCUCAUUUACCAAGCAUCUACUGUACAGGUUGGGAAACCGAGGCACGGAGACAGGGAGGGAUAGCUGGGAAAUGGGCUCUCUAGAUGCCCCCAACUCAACAGACAAACUCACUGGGGCGGUCACUUUGGGGACACGGACUAUUUUUACAAUGGUGGGCUCCAGGCUACCCACGUCCCUAGGCGGGUGUUUGUCAUGGCAACCAGUGACAUCAUCCGUACCCACAGCCAAUUGGAGGGGGGCGAAAACUGCCAGGCGCUGGACCACUGGGCGGCCAGGGAUUGGCAGGCAGAAGGGAUGGGCCUCUGCUGUGCUAGGGCUUAAGGUCUCCUUUCUGUCCCAUCCACUCAUGAAGGUGUGUGUCUUACACCAGCUCCCCUACUACCAAGCCAGAAAAAGAAUUCAAACUCGGAGCUCCAGCUGGUACCCCCCAAUCAUGGCCGUUUUCUUCCUAUCUGGGGAUGCUGCUGUGUGGCGUCCAUCAACUGCUCAACCUCUCUGUGCCCCAGUUAACUCAUUUAGAAAGCAGCAGGUCUCACAGAACCGCGCGCUGGCAUCGUCAGCAACGAGUAGUAUAAAUGCCUCCCCAACACACAAAAGUACUCCAGGCAGGGCGCGGGGUGCUGCCAGGCCCCGGAAAGCUCCCCGGAAGUGGGCCCACACGUCCCCGCGCCAUCUGCUUUCACGGCCCCCUCGCCAUCUGCUCCCGCGGCAACACCCACACGGACGCCCCGCUACUGGCUGUUGUUUAUUUUUCUUGGGGCCUCUCUCUGCAGCGCAGGCUGAUGGCCUGAAACUCGCCAUCCUCCUGCCUCAGCCUCCAGACAGCUGAAAUCACAGGAAGGUGUCGUCGCUACGGGGCUCUCACUGUUUGGUUGUUGACACAGAAUCCACCUCAUAGCCCAGGCUGGCCUUGAACUCCUGAUCCUCCGGUCUCCACCUCCUGACUGCUAGGUGGAGUCCGCGUGGUUUAAGAGUGCUGGGGGAGGAGCCAAGGUGUGCUGGGCAAGCACUCCACCAACUGAGCCCCAACUGAGUCUGCCCUUUAAAUCUGUGAUUAGGGGUUCCUCGUUGAUCGGAGUGCUGUCUCCACGUUUCAGUCCUGGCCUACAGAUCACACAGUUUGUAGGAGCCCGAGCUGGUCAUGGAGCACAGGAGCCAAGUGUUCUGGGAUGACAGGUGCCGCCGCGACCGAAUUUACCUGGUGCUGGGCUCGAACCCACUGCUCCGUGCACGCCUGGUCAGUGUGCGGCCAGCAUUGCUAGGCAUGGAACCGAGCACCUCACACAUGGCUCUCUACCACGGAGAUUCCUCCUCAACCCAACUGUAGGGGUUUUUAAAGCUGUCUGGAGAUGGUCGUUCUGACGCUCACCUAUCGUCCCAGCACCGGAGAAGGAAACAGAUGAUCAGGAACUUAGGUCAUCCUCAACUACACAGAGUUGCGAGCCGACAAGCCUGGGCUGCAUGAGACCUUGUCUCAAAACAAAACGAAUAAGGCUUUUUAGCAUAUUCGUUACCACCACGUAACCCUAAAGUAUUCCCCCAAAUCCCCAUCCCUACCAGCAGGCUCUCCAGCACUUGGCACCCCUCUAAUCUGUGGAUUUGACUGCGCUGACCUUUUUCUGUGGGCGGGGUCUUUGGGUCUGCUGGCUGUCGCUCAUUUUCAUGCUUUUCAGACUCCACCCACCUCAGAGCACGGUCAGGUGUGCCUUCCUUUUUACGGCUGAGUAGUAUUCCAGCUCUGUGGCUGCUUACCCCUGACGGCCACUGCCACGUCUUACAGCUAGCUAUCCUGUCCUGAGGUAGCUGCGAUGAAUGUUUCAGAGCAAGGAAUUUUUUUUUGACAUAUGUUUUCCCUCCUCUUGGAUGUAUACUAUACCUGCGAGACAGGACUUCCCAGGGCCAUAUGGCCACUGUUUCCAGGGCUAGUUGCACAAAGCACCUGCCCGCCAAACAAAUGUCAACAGUGACUAAGUCCGCGGGGUAGGUGCCUGUGACAGGCAGGCUGGAAACUCAUGUGCAAAUUUUACCCAAUCACAAGCACUGAAUAGUUUGGCAAGUUAGGGAGUGGGGCAGCUCCGUGGACCAAAGCUUGUGUCUUUUAGGGACAACUCAACUGUGUGGCCCCGCAGCAGACCAGAUUGCAGGCUAGGCAGCAGGGUCAGGUGUUCAACGUCAACCCGAAGUACAUGAGACCCUGUCUCAAAAACCUAAACAUAAAGACAUAAAUGCCUUAGAACACUGAAGCUGAGCGACUUGGUAAAUGUUUUUUAUCAGGGCCACAGAGAGAACCCUGUGGGUAAGAGCCCCGGCUGCCCUAGCGGAGGACCCAGGUCCCAACACCCUCGUGGUGGCCCACAACUGUCUGUAACUCCAAUUCCAGGGGAUUCUAUGGCCUCUUCUGGUGGGUACCAGGCAUCUGUGUGGUGCACAGAUACACACGCAGGCAAACACCACACACAUUAAAUAAAAAUGAAGAAAAUCUUUAAAAUUUGUUCUUAUUCGUUGACUAUGCCUGUGCGCUUGUUAAAUGAACAAGAUUUUCUCCUUGCAAAUGCCUCUUUAUCUUCCAACACCUGGCGGCUGCCUCGGAGCUUCAGGCUCUCUUGAGCACAGGAAAGUGGUGUUUCUCCCUCUUCACUGGAGGCCGUGAGGACAUUCCGUGGUUUUUUUCUGAUAUGGUUUCCGGGGCCCUUGUGACCUAUUCCUUCCUGCUCCCCGCCCCCAAAUGUGUAAUGUUUCUGAAAGUGGGGCACCCCUGGGCACUUAGCUCCCCUGGGCCUCCAUGGGCAGCUGGGAGGAGCCAGAAAGGGGAGAAGGAGGGAGCACAUAUAGAUGCCUCAUACUGUGACCCCAAUGAGAGGAGAACCAGCACUCUGGUAUGCCAUGGCUCCCCCACUUCUAACACUCUUCAUGGCUCCCUAUUCCUUCCCACCCAGGCCAGCCCCUCAGCCUGUCACUUGAAGAGCUGUGACAAGGACCGUGGAUGGGUAUGCCACAUCAAGCAUUCGCCAUUGGCAUC